AUGACUUUGCAGAGCAAGGUCGGCGUCUUCGCUGGCGCCGCCUUGCUGAGACUCGUCCUGUCCACCGCCUUCCCCAGCCUGCCGGAUCUGCUGACGGGCCGCGUCGAGAUCUCAACCCCCGUGACGAGCUUCAAACGAUUGCAGGAGGGAUUGUUCCUGUAUAGCCACAAUGUCUGGCCCUACGACGGCGGUGUCUUCCACCAGGCGCCGCUGCUCCUCCCUCUCUUCUCGCUACUCCCAGACGUCGAGGCUUGGCCCAUCUUCACGUCCUUGCUAUAUAUCCUCGUCGAUCUUCUCAGCGCAUAUGCGCUCCUCGUGAUCGCAGAUUCAGGAGAGGCCGGCCAGUCGAAACACUUUGCAUCUCCUCGGCGAGCCAAGAGAUCAUCAGGGCUUCUGGUAGCUGCGGCCUUCUUAUUCAACCCAUACACCAUAGCCACUUGUAUUGGCCGAUCGACCAGCGUAUUCACAAACUGCGCAAUUCUCUUCGCCAUUGCAAAAGCUCUGUCCGGUUCUCCUUUCAAUGCCAUGGUCGCCAUCUCAUUCGCUUCCUACCUUUCCAUGUACCCGCUUCUCCUCCUCCCACCUCUAGUUCUCCUCGCGUACGAUCGCCAAUCCGAAAAGCGACGAGUUGAUUCCGCCAUCCAAUUCUCCAUAAGGGCUAUUCUCAUUGCCGCUGUCUGCAUCUCCCUCCUGCUGGCCAUGUCAUUUGCGCUCACAGGCAACUCGUGGGACUUUUUAGCUCGAACAUAUGGUAUCCAGCUCACCUUGUCCGACCUGACUCCCACCGUCGGAUUAUGGUGGUACUUUUUCAUCGAAAUAUUCGAUUCUUUCCGGGCGUUUUUCCUUGCCGUCUUCUGGCUACACCUUGUAAUAUACGUCGGCGGCCUCUCGAUCCGACUGCGCACUCAGCCUCUGGCCGUCUUGACGAUCCUCCUAGGCAUCUUUGCUGUUUUUAAGCCCUACCCGUCCAUCGCGGACACAAGUUUGUUCCUCGCCAUGCUAGCACUGUUCCGACACUUAUACCCCAUUAUGCGAUACACUUACGUCGCCUCUGCCACCAUGCUCUACGCGACCUUUCUCGGCCCUGCAUUUUACCAUUUGUGGAUAUACGCCGGUAGCGGCAAUGCCAACUUCUUUUAUGCCAUUACCCUGGUGUGGAGUUUAGGCCAGAGUCUGUUUGUGUCGGAUUUGACAUUUGCAGUCCUAAGAGAUGAGUGGGAAGUUGAGCGACCAGAGAUGGUGGGCAAGGAGAUUCGGCAAAUAUAG